AUAACACAAAUAUUUUAGAGAGCCUUUUAGUGAACUUUAUUUUCAACAUCCCAUUAAAGAAUUUAGACGCCACGGUCGGACUAAUGGCUAGAAGACCUCUAAUUCAGCAGAUUUUAACGUGUGACAACCGGGAAACUGAUUUUUCCGGUGACUAUGCUAUUAAUAUUUCUGACACUGUUUUUAGUUUUCUUGACGAGGAUGGUCAAGGUUCGUCACUAGAAAGUGUUAGUGAUGAUGUUUAUGUUGAAGAUGAAAAUGAGGAGAAAGAUAAUAGUACUGAGAAUGUUGAAGACAAUCAGUUCUGGGAAACUCAACAUCAGCUUUUGCAAGCUGUAUUAUGCCGGACAACAACAUUAGAAUCACAGAUCCGAAGCAUUACUAAAGAAACAGUGAAAGAAGCAUCAGAAAAUGACUGCUGUAAUUGCAGCUGGAAAAUGGUCAACAAUAUUAGUUGCCGAAAUUGUCUGAUGAAAAAGGUAUGUAGUCAUCUACAAAAUGCAGGUUUCAACUCUGCAAUUUGCAAGUCCAAGUGGAAGAGCUCACCAGAUAUUCCCUCAGGUGAACACACAUUCAUAGACGUGGUGGACAAUUCGAGCACUAAAAAGGGAGAAGUGAGGGUAAUUAUUGAAUUAAAUUUUCGAGGUGAAUUCGAAUUAGCGAAAGCAAGCGAAGAAUACAGUCGACUGGUCAAAUGCCUGCCAGAAGUGUUUGUUGGGAAAAUAGAGAGAUUGUUGUCAGUAAUAAAGAUAUUGUGCAAUGCUGCAAAGAAAUGCAUGAAGGAGAAGAAAAUACAUAUAGCGCCAUGGAGGAAACAAAAAUACAUGCAAGCUAAGUGGCUUAAAACAUUCCAACGUAUGACCGCUAAAUCUCCAGUAUCCGUUUACGAAUAUUCAAGCCGAUUGCCACGGCCGAAGGCAUCUAUGCUUACUGCUGAUUUAUUGGAAAAUUUUCCAAAUGUGCAUUGUACUGCUAUUGAAGCGGUAUGAACAGAGGUGGAUCUAGGGCUUGUGGGUUCCUAGUAAAAUGAACGAAUAUGCAAAUUCGCACAAAAAAAACUCCAAGGGUAAUUGAUCCUAUGUCAAGAACAUGAGCGCUGAAUCAAAGUUCCUUCGUUGCCGUUGAGCCAACAACUUCUUUUAGUACUGGGUUUCCAACUAGUAAUUUGUUAUAUAAUUAACAAACUCCCAAUAUAAAUAUAGAGUUCGGGUGUGAGUUCACGGGAAUCCACAUCCAUUACACUGGAUCCGCCCCUGGAUAUAUGAAGGAAGACAUAUGCGUUAGUUCUAUUGAUUGCUGUAAAGAACUGAGAGUUCGUUCCAUUUUUGUAGUUGCUUUAGGCUUUUGAUCUUAUGUGAGUUUAGAGUAUGUAAGAAAUCAGUAAUGUAAUGUGAAGUUUAUUAAAUUGCUCUUUUAUAAUAAAAAUAAAUUAUUUUUUCC